AUGGACGACGAUGCGGACUUCCGCUUCGCAGCAGUGGUGCGGCACGCCGAGCGCGCGGACGACGUCGGGGCAUUGGUGAAGGGCUUGCCAUGGUGCUUGAUGCAGGACUCCAAGCAUUGGCCCUACGACCCACCGUUGAGCGAUGCAGGCCUGGCCGGCGCUGAAGAGUUGGGUUGGCGCUUUCGGAAGACCUUCCAGGACUUGGACGCCGACCUUCACGUCGUGGUGACCUCGCCGUUCUUGCGCUGCGUGCAGACCGCGGCGUUGAUUUGCCAGCAGUUCGGUCGGACGAAGCUGUUGAUCGAUAACUCCUUGGGAGAGAUCUAUGGGCCCUGCAUCAUGGGAGAGCCGGAGCCCGAGAAGCCAGUGCGGCCCCUGCAGCAGAGCGUCGACUUCUGUUCCUCCCAUGGGGUAGAAACCUUGGAGGUGCGCAGGCUCCUGGGCAAGUGGCCGACCUGGCCGGAGGCCAUGCGCGGCGCGCGGCGGCGCUACGCCAACCGCUUCGUGGAGUAUCUCCGGCGAGGGCACCAGGUGGGGCGGAACUUCAUCCUGGUGUCCCAUGCGGACUGCGUUGGAAGUGCCCUGUCGUUGAUUCCGGGCGUGGGGCCCGACAUCGAGAAGGUCCACUUCGCGGGGCACUUCAUGGCCUUCCGCCCCAGACAGGCGGCAAACCAUUCGGGCAUCCGCAGACUUUUCCAGAAGCUGACGAGCCCCCUGCCGAGCUUGGUGGACGGUCGCCGCUCCCGCGCGCAGGCGUUCGUGCGACGCGAGGAGAAGCGGCAGGCGAUGCGAGCCAAGCGCGAGGCUUGGAUGUACGAGCUGCGAGGCUUUACUCAAGAAGAGCAGGCGGUCAUGGACACUUGGCCACUCCAAACACUUCGGGUCCGGGUGGUGCCUGCUGCCGGUGUUAGGACGUCAGCGACGCAGGGCACCAGACCUCAGUGCCUCGGGGUGGCGGGUGGUGGCGGUCGACGGGGGGAGCGCGGCAUCCCUUUGGAGGGUGGCUGGUUCGUGCAGAUCUACGGCGUGAAGCUCCGCCGCAAGAGCCUGGCGCUCGGCCGGGCGGCGGCUGCGGCGUCCAACCCCGUCGCCGCCCGGAAUGCAGCAGACGGUGCCGGGCGUUGUUCGGCUGGGCCGCGUGCCGACGAGUAG